AUGCAAUUUUUAUUCAGAUUAAACAGAGCCCAUCGCCCUGGUUUAAUUCCUACUGUCACUCCCGAUUACCCUCCCGGAUGUAAAUGCAUUGCCAAGUCAGAAAAUUAUUUAGAGGCUUUAGCAAAGCCUAAUGUUACGGUAGUACCUAGAGCUGAUACUGAAGGAAAUGAACAACAAGAAGUUGAUAUACUUGUAUUAGCCACAGGGUUUGACGUUGAUGGGUUUCUUGGAAACCUUUCUAGCUCUGAAAAAAAAUACUUUAUUCACUAUGGAACCAACACUAGAAGCACAAACCGCUUAUAG